AUGCCUGUCGCAGUCCAGUCCCAGAACACUGACUUAGCAAUGCAGCAUGUCUUCCAGACACUCCCAGAUCCUCCUCCAUCCUCCGACCUAGAUUUAAUAUUCCUCAAAGGUAUCAUGGAGAGCCCAAUGGCUCACGAGCGGAUGGAGGAGACACGUCUGGAAGCCGUGCGAGAAAACAACCUGCAAUUAGUACAGGAGAUACUGCAGGACAUGGCUGGGGUGAGGAACCCUAGUGGGGCAACCACAGAGCUCCAGGGAAUCUUGCAAGAACCUCAUUUCCAGUCUCUCUUGCAGACACAUGAUUCCGUGGCAUCCAAGAAUUAUGAGACGCCACCUCCCAGCCCCUUGUUAGACCCCACACUGAGUAACCAACCUGUGCCACCUGAUGCUGUCCGUAUGGUGGGAGUAAGGAAGAGUGCAGGAGAGCACUUGGGUGUAACAUUCCGUGUGGAAGGCGGAGAGCUGGUGAUCGCCCGGAUCCUGCAUGGCGGUGUUAUUGACCAACAAGGACUUCUACAUGUAGGAGAUGUGAUCCGAGAAGUAAAUGGGAAGGAGGUGGGGAGUGAUCCCCAAGCUUUGCAAGAGAUGCUACGUGAAGCCAGUGGUAGUGUGGUAUUAAAAAUACUGCCAAGCUACCAGGAACAACAUCCUCUGCGACAGGUCUUUGUGAAGUGUCACUUCAGCUACGACCCCUCAAAUGAUAGUCUUAUCCCCUGCAAGGAGGCCGGUCUGGCCUUCAAAGCUGGAGACCUCUUGCAGAUUGUCAAUCAAGAGGACCCAAAUUGGUGGCAGGCCUGUCUUGUGAAGGGGGGAACAGCUGGACUGAUUCCCAGUCAGUUACUGGAGGAGAAGAGGAAGGCAUUUGUGAAACGAGAUGGUGAAUUGGCACCACACUCAAGUGCACUUUGCGGCAGUAUUAGUGGGAAGAAAAAGAAAAGAAUUAUGUAUGUGACAACUAAAAAUGCAGAAUUUGACCGUCAUGAGCUGCUAAUAUAUGAGGAGGUUGCAAAAAUGCCCCCCUUUCGAAGGAAAACUCUAAUCCUGAUUGGUGCACAGGGUGUCGGAAGGCGGAGCCUAAAGAACAAGUUACUGACUUCUGACCCAUCAAGAUAUGGAACAACUACACCAUACACCUCACGAAAGAGAAAGGAAGGUGAAUGGGAUGGCCAGUCAUAUUCUUUUGUGUCCCGAGCAGAAAUGGAGCAGGACAUAAAGGCAGGUCGGUACCUGGAACAUGGAGAGUAUGAAGGCAACCUGUAUGGCACUAAAAUCAGCUCCAUCCAGGAAGUGGUGGCAUCAGGAAAGAUGUGUGUGCUAGAUGUGAACCCACAGGCUGUAAAAGUCCUCAGGACAGCAGAAUUUGUUCCAUAUGUUGUGUUUGUUGGGGCUCCUGUCAUUGAGUGUCUCAAAGCCAACAACCAAUCAGCCAUAGAGGCUGGGAUGACUAACAAGCAACUUUCGGAUUCUGAGCUCCUGCGCAUUGUAGAGGAGAGUGAGCGACUGCAUCAGGCCUACGGACAUUACUUUGACCUUUCUUUGAUUAAUGCUGACCUGGAUCAGAGCUUUCAAGAGCUGCAAAUGGCCCUGGAGAGACUUCGCACUGAACCUCAGUGGGUUCCUGUCAGCUGGGUGUAUUAG